GAAGGGGUGACAUCAGGGGCCAGGAAUAGCCCCCAGCCAUCCCACCCCCCUCAUCCCCCCCUUUGUCCUCACCCAAAUGGUCCCUGGGGGCCUCAAAGCCUCCCUCUCCUCUCAAUGAUGGCUGCCCUGUCGUGUUCCCCGCUGCCCCCCCCCCACCAAAGACAAACCCUGAACCCCACUGCCCCCCAUGGAGAGGUGCAGCUCACGGUGUGCCCCCCACCCCCAGGGCUGAGCCUUGCACCCCACAGCCCCCUCUCCCUCCCAGCUGGCCCCCCCCGUGUCACCCCGACAGCUGCAGGUUUCGGGUGACGGUGACAUUUAAUGGCAUCUGGGGAACAAUGUGAGGGAAUCUGGGGGGGGCUCCUGGCACUCCCAAGGUUCAGGGGGGGGAAUGAUGUCAUGGGGGUGGGGUUACCCCCCCACAUAAAGGCUGGCUGUGGUGACGGGCGGCGUGACUCCAGCAGAGCCCACAGGACCGAGCCCACCGGUGGGGGUGUUUUGGGGGGGGUCGAUGGGGUUUGGGGGGGGCGUAGGUCCAUGGUGGGGCUGAGGGUUUUGGGGAGGGGGGGGCUAUCAGAGGAAGAGAGGAAUGGAAGUUGGGCUGUGAUGGUCUAUGGGGCCACGAGAGAACUGGAGGGGCACCUUGAAGUACUGGGGGAGUUUUGGGGUGAGCUUGGCUCUCCCCUGACCCCCCCAAUUCAAUUCCCUCCCAGGUUCCUCUCCAACCCGCAGCCAUGUCCGAAGCUGAGGAGGAGUACGAGGAGGAGCAGCCCGAAGGUGAGUGAGCCCUGCAGCUAAUGAAGCCCCUAACGAAGGGCUGUGAGUAUGACUCCCCAAUUCCUCCCCUUUGAUUAAUUAGCGGCUGAUUAUUGAUGCUGAGCUUACCCCAGUCACAAACCCCGAAAACAUUAAUUAACGUCGUUUACCAAAGGAGGACUAAUGAGAGCUGGGGGAUCUGAAGGGGGUUUCUAACAAACCCUGGGGUGUUAAUUACUGUCUCAUGAGUGGUUCUGGCUAAUUAACAUGAGGGGACCGGGGGGCCCUCAUCCCCCCCACCACCUCCCACAGAGGAGGAGGAGUCAGCGGCGGUGGAGGAAGAGGAGGAGGAAGGUGAGUGUGACCACAUCAAAUCCCUGCACUGUCCCCACAACCCUGUAGAAUCCCUACAAACUCUGUAGACCUCACCCCAACCCCAUAGACCUCCUCCAAACCCCAUAGACCACCCUCCAAACCCCACAGACACCCCCACAAACCCUAUAGACCCCCCCCAAAGACCCAUGGAUCUCCUCCACAACCCCAUAGUCCCUCUCCCCAAAUCCCCCAGACCUCCCCCUCUCAAUUAUGGCUGGGGGGCUAUGAGGAGCCAUGCUGACCCUCUGCUCUCUCUCACAACAGCAGAGCCUUCCAAACCUCAUGAGGAGCCAGAAGAGGAGCGGCCUCGGCCUCGGCCGGUGGUGCCCCAGUUGGCCCCCCCCAAAAUCCCUGAGGGGGAGCGUGUGGACUUUGAUGACAUCCACCGGAAGCGCAUGGAGAAGGACCUGCUGGAGCUGCAGACCCUCAUCGACGCCCAUUUCGAGCAGCGGCGGCGCGAGGAGAACGAGCUGGUGGCGCUGAUGGAACGCAUUGAACGACGCCGGGCGGAGCGCAAUGAGCAGCUGAGGAGCCGCACGGAGAAGGAGAGGGAGCGGCAAGCAAGGCUGGCAGAAGAGAAGCUCCGCAAGGAGGAGGAGGAGGCCAAGAAACGUGCCGAGGACGAUGCCAAGAAGAAGAAAGUCCUGUCCAACAUGCCCCACUUCGGGGGGUACCUAGCCAAGGCGGAGCAGCGGCGCGGAAAGCGGCAGACGGGGCGGGAGAUGAAGCUGCGCAUCCUGGCUGAGCGCAAGAAGCCCCUCAACAUCGAGCACAUGCGGGAGGAUGAGCUGCGGGCCAAGGCCAAGGAGCUGCACGACUGGAUCCAGCAGCUGGAGUCGGAGAAGUUCGACCUGAUGGAGAAGCUGCGGCGCCAGAAAUACGAGAUCAAUGUUCUGUACAACCGCAUCAGCCACGCCCAGAAAUUCAAGAAGGUGGUGGGCAAGGGCCGGGUGGGGGGCCGCUGGAAGUGACGCCUCCCACCUCCCUCCGUGCUGCUGCGGCCCAAUAAAGCUCUGCUCCGUCCGUC